AACAGCGCAGAAGUGUUUCUAUAGGUAGAGACAACCCAAAUAUUGCUUUUCCCCAAAAUGUCUGUAUAGUUCACAAUUAUCGAUUUUUGUGUAUAAUCAGUGUAUAAAAGUGCGCUACUGGUGGUGAAAAGUGGUACUAUACACCUCAUGAAUAAUUCACACAGCGGAGCUUCUGAUUGGCUGUACUAUACACCUCAUGAAUAAUUCACACAGCGGAGCUUCUGAUUGGCUGACAACCCUCCCCUCAGCAUCGGAUCAACUCUCACCCACUCGGUUCACACUGACUUGGAGGAAGAGACAUGUGCAGGAGAUGGCAACUCUAAGGUCCCGGAGGAGAGUGGUAAAACCCAUCAAUGAGGCGAAGUAUUUCUCGUCCUUGUCGAAAGAUACAAAGAUUUCAACUGAAGCAGCUCCUCCAGUUCCUAAUGCAGCAGGAACAGAGAGUGAUGUCAACAACACUGAACAGUUGACUCCAGACACUGAGCAGCAACAAACUUCUUUGGCCAAUCUUGCAUUAGAGGAUUCAACAGAGAAGAUUUCAACUGAAGCAGCUCCUCCAGUUCCUAAUGCAGCAGGAACAGAGAGUGAUGUCAACAACACUGAACAGUUGACUCCAGACACUGAGCAGCAACAAACUUCUUUGGCCAAUCUUGCAUUAGAGGAUUCAACAGAGAAGAUUUCAACUGAAGCAGCUCCUCCAGUUCCUAAUGCAGCAGGAACAGAGAGUGAUGUCAACAACACUGAACAGUUGACUCCAGACACUGAGCAGCAACAAACUUCUUUGGCCAAUCUUGCAUUAGAGGAUUCAACAGAGAAGAUUUCAACUGAAGCAGCUCCUCCAGUUCCUAAUGCAGCAGGAACAGAGAGUGAUGUCAACAACACUGAACAGUUGACUCCAGACACUGAGCAGCAACAAACUUCUUUGGCCAAUCUUGCAUUAGAGGAUUCAACAGAGAAGAUUUCAACUGAAGCAGCUCCUCCAGUUCCUAAUGCAGCAGGAACAGAGAGUGAUGUCAACAACACUGAACAGAAGAGAGCAAGGCGACCUGUUGAGACCACUCCAGGCGCCUCAGAUGAUGUUGACUCUGCCCUGGAAGGCACACGGCCCCUUGCGUGGGAAAAGGAUCCCAGGAGAAAACAAAAACGGCCGUGGUCACCAACGGAGAUUGCUGCAGUAAUGCGGCAUUUCAGGGUCCACAUAGCCAAAGGGAGUCUAGCCACAAUAAAAGAGUGCAAACUGUGCAAGAUUGCUGAGCAUCCUGCUCUAGCUAAACGAUCUGAACAAAAUUUAAGAGAUUUUGUAAGGAAUCGGGGUAUUGUUGCAAAGAAGUCAUUCAAAGACAUUCGCCCAGUGUUUUAAAUGUUUUUUUUUUUUAAAAAAUGUUUUUACUUUUUACUGUUUAAUGAUUUUUUUAAACUUUGUACUGUUUUAUGACUUUUUAUGUUCUAUGAACCCAGUGUUCAUGAAGGGUUUGAAUGCAUUCAUAAAGUCUGUCAUUACUGUUCAUAAUUGUUUAUACAUAAAUAAUAGAUAGGUGUGUCCCUUUGUGUAUCCAUGUCCAGUCUAUUCAUGUUUGACCUUCUAAUACACCUAUGUGACAUGUU